AUGAUCCCUGCCCUGCUGCUGGCCCUCCUGGGCAUCACCACUGAUUUGGCUCUUCCCAUCUCAGGCGUGCAGGCCCUGACCUGCUACACGGGGACACUGGUGUCCGUGAGGAAUGCAUCGGAACUGCCCCUCCAGUGGACGAGUAGCCAGAGGAACUGUGAGGAUGGCUGGAGCUGCCAGGACGUUCUGAUGCUGAUGGAGAACGGACCCCACGUGUACGUGGUGAUCAUCAAGGGCUGCACCCAGGAAGCCGAUCACAAGGACCUCGUUACCCAGCACAGGGCAGGCCCCGGCCUGUCCAUCGCCUCCUACACCCGGGUGUGCCGGGAGGACUUGUGCAACCAUCUGUCCACCAGCCUCCCUCUCUGGGCCCCGCCCCCACCCACAGCCCUGGGGUCUGUGCGGUGUCCAGUCUGCUUGUCUGCCAAAAGCUGUUGGUCUGCAGCAGAGAUGACCUGCCCCGCCAAGAGCACACACUGCUACAAUGGGGUCCUCCUGCUCAGUGUUGGUGAGCCGGACCAAGAUCUGAGGGACCUCUCCACCCCGCUGAGAGUCCAGGGGUGCAUGUCCCAAGCAGGCUGCAACCUGCUUAACGGGACUCAAGAAAUCGGGCCCAUCAGUCUGCAGGAGACCUGUGGUUCUGAACCUAUUCUGACCUGUCAUCGGGGGAGCAUGAUUCGGACUUCUCAAGACCUGACUCAGAAACCUGUCCCGUGGUCCGCGAUUAGCAAGCAGCUGUGUAAUCCUGGGGAGGUGUGUCAGGAGACGCUUCUGCUCAUAGAUGUAGGACUCAGGUCCCUUCUGGUGGGGAGCAAAGGCUGCAGCAACGCCAGGACACAGGAUUCCCAGGCUAUCUCCAUACACUCGGCCCCCCCCGGAGUGUUCGUCGCCUCCUUUGCCCGGUUCUGCACUUCCGACAAUUGCAACUCUGCUGACAGCAGCAGUGUCCUGUUGGACUCCCUCCCUCAUCCAGCUGCCCCUGCCCCGGGAGACCUGCAGUGUCCCACCUGUCUGUCCAUCUUUGGAUCCUGCACACUUGAUAUUGUGAGGUGUCCUAAGGGCACCAGUCAUUGUUACAAGGGUCUCAUUGCUCUCAGGGGAGGUGGGCUGAGCGCCCCAGUGAACAUCCAGGGCUGCGUGGCCCAACCUUCCAGCUCCUUGUUGAACGGUACCCAGAAUAUUGGGGGCCUUUCCGUGUUUGAGGGCCAUGAGGACGAUGAUGAGGAUAUAGUGACAGAUGGAGCUGCCCCUGCCCCCUACCUGGCUUGGGUGGGAGGGCUGGGACUAUCCCUAGCCCUUUGGUGUGGGGCGCCCUCCCUGCUGACCCCAUUUCCCCAUGAUUCUUAG